GCCCUGGUGAUCGUGGUGAUCCUCGGCUGGGUGUUUGUGCCAAUCUACAUCAAGGCCGGGGUGGUCACCAUGCCAGAGUAUCUGAAGAAGCGCUUCGGAGGGAAACGGAUUCAGAUCUACCUGUCAGUCCUUUCUCUGCUCCUGUACAUCUUCACGAAGAUCUCGGCAGAUAUAUUUUCUGGAGCCAUAUUCAUCCAAAUUGCUAUGGGACUGAAUAUUUAUGUGGCCAUUAUCAUACUGCUGACCAUCACUGCCCUGUACACCAUCACAGGAGGACUUGCCGCCGUGAUCUACACAGACACACUGCAGACCUGCAUCAUGUUGGUGGGAUCCGUCAUCCUGACCGUCUUUGCAUUUAAGGAAGUCGGAGGAUAUGAGGGCUUGCUGGAAUCGUACAUGAAAGCCAUCCCAUCCAACAUCUCCUACGAUAAUGUGACCAUCCCUGAAAAGUGCUACACUCCCCGUCCAGAUGCCUUCCACAUUUUCCGGGACCCUGUGGACGGCGACCUCCCUUGGCCUGGACUCAUCUUUGGCUUGAGCAUUCUGGCAUUGUGGUAUUGGUGCACUGACCAGGUCAUUGUCCAGCGAUGCCUCUCGGGGAAAAACAUGUCCCAUGUCAAGGCGGGCUGCAUCAUGUGUGGCUACUUGAAGUUGCUGCCCAUGUUUCUGAUGGUGAUGCCAGGCAUGAUCAGCCGCAUUCUGUACAAAGACAGAGUGGCGUGUGUCGUUCCCUCGGUGUGCAUGGAGGCCUGUGGGACAGAGGUUGGCUGUUCAAACAUCGCCUACCCAACAAUGGUGGUGGAGCUCAUGCCAGACGGGCUACGAGGCCUGAUGCUCUCUGUGAUGCUGGCCUCGCUGAUGAGUUCCCUCACUUCCAUCUUUAAUAGUGCCAGCACCCUCUUCACCAUGGACAUCUACACCAAGAUACGCUCCAUGGCCAAGGAGAAGGAGCUCAUGAUUGUCGGCAGGCUUUUCAUCCUGGGCCUGAUUGGCAUCAGCAUCGCCUGGGUGCCCGUGAUCCAGUCUGCGCAAGGUGGGCAGCUCUUUGACUACAUCCAAUCCAUCACUAGCUUCCUGGGACCGCCCAUUGCUGCCGUCUUCUUCCUGGCCAUCUUCUGCAAGAGAGUCAAUGAGCAGGGGGCCUUCUGGGGCCUGAUAAUAGGACUGGCAAUCGGGCUGUCUCGAAUGUUUGCAGAAUUCGCCUAUGGAACCGGCAGCUGUGCUGUGCCCAGUGAAUGCCCAGCGGUCAUCUGUAAAGUUCACUACCUCUAUUUUGCUAUCAUCCUUUUUGCUAUCUGCAUCACCCUCAUUUUGAUCGUCUCGUUCCUGACCAAGCCAAUUGACGACGUCCAUCUUUAUCGUCUUUGCUGGACUCUGCGCAACAGUAAAGAACAACGUGUCGAUCUGGAUGCAGGGGAGAUGAUGCAGGGAGUGGAGGACUAUGAGGAGGAACCAGCCCCAGAGAAAGAAGUCAACUGUUGCAAGAAAGCCUACAACUGGUUCUGCGGCCUGGAGCAGACGGGCCCCAAGCUGAGCAAGGAAGAGGAGGAAGCCCUGCAACACAAGCUGAUGGACACCACAGAGGAGCCGUUCUGGAGGCGCGUGGUCAACAUCAAUGCCAUCAUCCUGCUGUCGGUGGCUGUCUUCUGUCACGGAUUUUUUGCAUAGGUCAAACGUUUUGUUUUAUUUGAGAAUGAAGUUCUUGAUUGCUAAAUUGCACUGUGACAUCAUAAUCUGUAAAUUGCACCUUAUUCAACUUG